AUGGAUAGCAUGUAUGAUCGUGAUAUGCGUGAUCAAUGGGAGAACAGCCUGCUAGGUGUCCGUUUCUGGGAAGAUGCAACAAAACAUGUUGAGCAGCUUACUGCAGGUGAAAGAAAAGCCCUACCGCCCCAUCUAAGCCCUGUUCAGUCACCUGCUCAGUCGCCUGCUAAGGACCCUGUUCAGACGACAGUCACAAGCGCUUCUGGAAAGAGCCCAACGAAGAGGAAGAGUCUUUUCCCACUCUCUCGACUUGCUUCUUUCAAUAACCUUCGAUUCCUUCACUCCUCUGCAGGAACUGAUACCACCAACUCACCUGAGAAGAGUCCCACAAAGAGUCUGAAGAGUUCCAAAAAGGGUAGUUGGCGCCUUCCUUCCUUUAAGAGUCUGAGUCUCAGACACCGAGGUCCCAUCGUCGCGUCCACUGAGGGUUUUGUUGAACUCCAGAAGCCCACACCGACACGUCCUUCCAUCUUGUCCCCUACAACUUUCUUCCCUCCUGAAUAUUCUCUUCCCCCACUCCCUCCUGCUCCACGUCCCAUUUUCCGUUCUCUCUACAGAGGACCCUCUGCUACCAACAUCGACAUUGCACCUCCCACCGCCUCUGAAGACUCUUAUCCUUGCGACCCAGUGGCCCCCAACCAUCUCAGCAUUCUCAGCUUUCAAGACUGGCUUGAGCAACAGAGUGAUCCUCAACCUGAGACUAUGGCUCCUCCUCACCCAGAUACCAGUUCUUUCGUCCACUUGAUGGCUCACCUCAAUGAUGGUGGCACUUGGGAUGAUAUCCCUCGCACCAAGUUGGUCCUAGAACUGAACAUGCUUUUCGAUGUUCGCAAGGUCUCCCCUGAGAGCAUUGUUGAUCUCGACGAUGACCAAAUUCUUGAUGAAGGUGCUAUGACUGAUGAGGUCACCAUGGUCGACAAGGGCACCAUGACCGACUUCGACGUCGAAUGUCCUGUCAAAACCACCACCAUGAUCGACAAUGCCACCAUGACUGAGCCCGACAUCAAGGGUUCUGCCAUCGACAGCCUGCCUGCUGACAAGGCCACCCAGUCUGAUGAUAUUCUGACGGGUGUUGCUACCGCUGGGGACAAUGCUCCCACCUUGAAGUCUGCUGCCAGGCCAGUCACCACUGAGCAGGCUGGGGUCAACACUGAUUGUGCUAUCGAAAAUCAGACCACCGAUGGCAACUUGGCAAUUGACUCCUCGAUGACAAUGUUCGAUUUCGAGAGCUCUGAGGCCGAAAGCCCGACCAACAACAAGAACGCGAAAGGCAAGGCCGCUGUCCACGAUUGGGACCUGUACAAUGCCAAUGAGUUCGGGAUGCAAGAUCUUCCCAUCUGUGACGCGCCUCGUUACCCCGACCAAGAAGUCAUUGAAGUCGCUGCUCCCAAGGAGGAUGAAACAAUUAGCAGUAUCAUCAACGAGGCCUUGAAGGACAAUACCAUCGACGACGACCGCUUCUUCGAGAACCUAAAGGACAAGAUCAAAGUCAGUGUUCUCACCAUGGACCAGGUCUGGCCCUUGACUGAGUUCCGCAACUUGCGUGUGCUGAAGCUGUUUGGUAUGAUGAAGUCCUACCAGCCUGCCAUCUGGAAGACGGUUUGGUUGAACCCUCAUCUCACCACUCUCGAGCUGCACAUGGCUGUUGGCUUGGAGAUUGUGGAGCCGGUGGGACCAAGUGGCUGGGAGCCCAUCAAGAAGGGCUGGGUGAUGAAUGUGAAGUCGCAUGCCUCACCCGUAUACUAUGGCCAAGGCGACGGGGAGGUCAGCCCCAAGGUCGGGUACGGCGAGUACCUCGACAAGUACUGCAUCGAGAAGGCAAAGGUCCUUGCCCUUGCCACUGGGUUCCCCGUCCCCACCUACCUGCCCGUCGAGCAUCUCACCUUGAGCGGCUUCGCGGUGGACGGGGACCCCUUUGGCAUGUGGUUCCGGAACCUCAAGGAGGUUCACUUCAAGAAGGACUGCAUCGACUGCGGUUUCUGGCUCCCUCGCUUCCAGCGAAACGUCCGAGUUCGUCAGGCGGGCGAGUUUGGAGUGGCCCGGGGCGAAGACGGGCCCUCCGGGGAGAACUCCGUCGAGGAGCUCAGUGACGAGGAGCUUGCCGAGCUCUCUUCCGCAGUGCGAGGCCUGGGGGUGUUCUAA